CAGCAGAUCACCGAUCAAUGAAAGAGCCGAAGAUGUUGGCUCGGUCAUGUGAUCAGCUGUGUCCAAUCACAGCUGAUCACUGAUCAUCAGGGCACUGAUGAUCAGUGUGCCCUGAUGAUCAGUGUAGCCCCAGCAGUGUCACCUGUCAGUGUCCAUCAGUGCCUUGUGUCAGUGCUCAUCAGUGCCUCGUGCCAGUGCCCAUCAGUGCCACAUCAGUGCCACAUAUCAGUGCCUACCAGUGCACAUCAAUGCCACCUAUCAGUGCCACCAUCAGUGCCAGUCAGUGCCACCUAUCAGUGUGCAUCAGUGCCGCCUAACAGUGCCAGUCAGUGCUGCCUAACAGUGCCAGUCAGU